UGGAGCCCCUUGGUUUAAUUAUAGGCUGUACCUUGCUUAUCCCACUUGCACCAUUCCCACUUUGACGUUAACACCAUCCAUCCAACAGAAGCUACAGUACUUGGUUGUAACUUGGCAUUCUUUUUUUCUCCUCAGCUUCACCAGCUUCUGGUCUGUGUUUGCAUAGAGCCAGCAACGUCGCCUUCUUCGACCGCUGUCGUUUGUUCUCUUCCGCUUUCGUUCUCAGGCUUGGCUUCGUCGUUCGACUUGCAGCUCGCGCCUUGGCCUACAGCCUCAGGUACUUGGGAGAUAGCCAUUACGAGUCGACCCUUCGAUAAGCGAUGAGCAUACGUUUUCGUCGACGAUUAUAACGAUUUACUCGAACCUUGCCUUCAUCAUCUGUCGCUCGUUAUAAAACCGAUUCGAAUCAAUUCAAACUGAACACGCAACCUUGAUACCUGGCCUUUGCGCCGCAAUUUAAUCUUCUCUCCCUUCUUAUCACUCUCCUGUGAUGGAAAAGUUCCCCGACUUCAUCGAUACGCCCCUGGGCGAGUCACCGCCAGAGAGCCCUUUGAAUCCUCCCGGGUGGGCAAAUGGCGCACCUCCUCGUCCCUCAGAUCGAUGGCGACCCGCCUCGAAAUCAGAUAAUGGCUGGUCAACGGCUCCUCGAGGGCACAAUCGACAAAAGAGCCUCACGGAUGCUAUUCGUACAAUAAGAGGUCGCAAUGGCAGUGUUAGCCAGAACGCCCACGAGAUUGCCGAUGCCCUACGUGCCCCUGUCUCUCCGAAGCUUAUUAUUCUGUGCCUGUUGUGGUACACUUCGUCUGCCCUUACAAACACCUCCUCCAAGUCCAUCUUGAUAGCCUUUGACAAGCCCGCUACCUUGACGCUGGUCCAAUUCGCUUUCGUCUCCUCGUUAUGUAUCUUCAUGGCAUGGCUUGCGACCAUCUUCCCAGUCUUGCGAGCCAAAAUUACAGCUCUCAAGCACCCGAUUCGAAAGCCAACUCGCGACGUUAUCAGAACGACUCUGCCUUUAGCCGCAUUCCAGAUCGGUGGUCACCUUCUUAGCUCGACAGCUACCUCAAAGAUCCCUGUGUCACUUGUCCAUACCAUCAAGGGUCUUUCACCCCUCUUUACCGUUCUCGCUUAUAGAAUCGUGUACGACAUUCGGUACCCCAAGACGACGUACCUGUCUCUGAUCCCUCUCACACUCGGCGUCAUGUUGGCCUGCUCGGGCAAAACGACCUAUGGUGGAGAGCUCAUUGGUGUCAUCCAUGCUCUUUUGGCUACCGUCAUCUUCGUUACCCAAAACAUCUUCUCUAAGAAGCUCUUCAACGAGGCUGCUAAAGCGGAGGCUGAGUCGCCCCAUUCACUACCUAAGAAGUUGGAUAAGCUCAACUUACUUUGCUACUCUUCUGGCAUGGCUUUUCUUCUCACAUUGCCCAUCUGGCUUUGGUCUGAAGGAUUCACUCUUCUCAUGAACUUCUACCACGAGGGCUCGAUAGACUUGAAUGAGCAACCCAACUCGAUGGACCAUGGAAGACUCACGCUUGAGUUUGUCUUUAACGGUGUCUUCCAUUUUGGCCAGAACAUUCUCGCCUUCAUCCUGCUCUCCAUGGUCUCCCCUGUUACCUAUUCAGUAGCAAGUCUCAUCAAGCGUGUGUUCGUCAUUGUCUUGGCUCUGGUAUGGUUCAGGAGUCCCACAACUCCCCUACAAGGUGUGGGCAUUGCUCUCACCUUUCUGGGUCUGUACUUGUAUGACCGAACAAAGUCUGGCAACAAGGCCGAUCAAAAGGCUCAGUCGAUGCAGAUUAAGCGAUCAUCGAUUCUCCCCAUCACAAAUAAUGGAUUGCGCCCAACACCUAUCAUGGAAUCCCCUCAAAGUACUGAGCUCAACGCCCGUUCUUAUCCCUACCAUGAAGGCUACUUUGGUCGACCGUCUGCGGCAGAAGAUCCAAAAAAGUCAGACGAUGGUGUUCCUCGCAGCCGUACUCCUGGCACUGGUAAUGGAGGCUGGCUCCCUCCAGGAACCAAACAGGAAGACACAUGGCAGCCAGGCGAUCGAGUUGCUGGCGUUGCAUGAUAUUUCUCAUGAGUAUGUGUUAGAUUGCGUAUUUCUUUGGUGAACAGGUUUGGUGUUUCGAAUUCAAACAAUCAAAAAGAUAUGAGAGCUAGAGUUUCUCGUGUAAGGUGUUGUUACUUUAUGUCCCGAUAUCUAGAUGAAGGGCUUUGGGUUCCUGUAUGACAUAUCAUGGGAUGGCGUUUUUUGUUUUGAGAGACAAGACACAACGACACUUGUGAGGCCCUCCUUUUUCAAGGGAGCGCCGGAUGCGAUGCAUCAUUAGGUGGAUAUGGAAUGAUAAUGCUGGACUAUUUUGGAUAGAUGAGCCUGCGAUCACAGCUCGAGCGUGACGUAUUAACGAUCUGGUUUAAAAUCUUGCUUGAUAUAUGCUUUAAUCGAGAUGCCCUACUGGUCUACUAUAUGCGUCGGGUAUCAAUCUAUCAGCCAUUCUUCAACUUCGACGCCUAUACUUCUCCCUAUUCCUCGUAUCACCUCCCAUGCAACAUUAAUCCUCCACUUGCCUCCUCGAUCCAUGACAUCUCCUGCGCCUCCUACUCGUGUCAACAGUCUUAAGCUCGCAAGCGUCGAUACAGCCAUGGCUACAUCUGCAUCGAGGCCGGCAGCGCCUACGGCGGUGCCAUCUGCCCAUUCAUUUCGUACAGCGGCAAAGAUAGCCAUCAUUCGCUCGAGAACAAAGGCGUGUGCGCCAAGGAGUUUGCGGGCGAUCUUGCGAUGCUUCGUCCGUGUAGCUCCCCGAGCAACAAUACCUCCUCGGCGGCGCUUGCGGCCAUGAUGAUAUGUCGAGAAGAGUGUGAGAUCAUGGCGGGUUGCAUUGUGGGAGGCGAGAUAAGCUGAUAGCAGCAGGAGACGAGCUGUCGUAGGGAGAAGGUUUGUGAGAUCGGUUGCUGAGACUGUAGGUUUCGUC